GUUUCGACCCGUCCCUUCAACUUUACGGUAAUUUCAGAGAUGUCUUCCAGAAGUCCCAAAGUUUUAAUCAAAACUAAGUGGGGAUCAAAACCCACCAAUUCCAAAUCAGAAACUGCAUUAGAAAAAUUUAGGGGAGAAACUGCAGCCUUAAAAACAUCAGUGGAUGAAAUCACAAUCGGAAAAGGGAAGCUGACUGAUAAAGAAAGACACAGGCUUUUGGAGAAAAUUCAAGUCCUCGAAGCUGAGAGUGAAAAGAAUGCUUAUCAACUCACAGAGAAGGAUAAAGAAAUACAGCGACUUAGAGACCAGGUGAAGGGCAAAUAUAAUACAACUACAUUGCUUGAACAAUUAGAAGAGAAAACUAAGGAAGGUGAAAGAAGGGAACAGUUGUUGAAAUCCUUAUCUGAAGAGACAGAUAUAUUGAAAAAACAGUUGUCUGCCACAACUACAAAACUUGCUGAACUUGAAAGCAAAGCUAGUACACUUCGUAUAUCACAGACUAUGGCUACAAGCUGUUUCAACUCAUCAAUGAGUAAUAUUCAUGAAAUGGAAAUACAGCUGAAAGAUGCACUGGAGAAAAAUCAACAGUGGCUUGUGUAUGAUCAGCAGCGAGAAGCCUAUGUAAAAGGACUUGUAGCAAAGAUCUCUGAGUUGGAACAGAAGUUGGAAACAGUUGCUCAUUCACUCCCACAGCAGAGCAAAAAGACAGAAUCAGAAGGUUAUCUUCAAGAGGAAAAGCCAAAACAUUACAGCCAUCUUUUGACAAAUGCAAAGAAAGAACUUGAGGUUGAACGACAAACCAUCACUCAGUUGAGUUUGGAACUUAGUGAGUUUCGAAGAAAAUACGAAGAAGCCCAAAAAGAAGUUCAAGAUUUAAAUCAGCUAUUAUGUUCACAAAGAAAGGCAGAUGUCCAACAUCUGGAAGAUGAUAGGCAUAAAACAGAGAAAAUACAAAGGCUCAAGGAAGAAAAUGAUAUUGCUAGGGGAAAACUUGAAGAAGAGAAGAAGAGAUCUGAAGAGCUGUUAUCACAGAUGCAGUUUCUUUACACCUCUUUGUUAAAGCAGCAGGAGGAACAGAAGAGGGUAGCUCUGUUGGAACAACAGAUGCAAGCAUGUACUUUAGACUUUGAAAAUGAAAAACUUGACCGUCAAAAUAUGCAGCAUCAAUUGCAUGUAAUUCUUAAGGAGCUCCGAAAAGCAAGAAAUCAGAUAACACAGUUGGAAUCAUUGAAGCAACUUCGAGAGUUAGCUUUCACGGAGCCAUUGGUCUCUUUCCAGGGAGAGAAUGAGAACAGAGUAAAAGUCGCCUCACCAAAAAGCCCUGCUGCUGCACUGAAUGAAAGCCUGGUGGAAUGUCCUAAGUGCAAUAUCCAGUAUCCAGCCACCGAGCAUCGAGACUUACUCGUCCACGUUGAAUACUGUUCCAAGUAGCUGUGUGUCAAUACUGUGUCUUACUUUAGCUUACUGGUCAUUUCGAAUUACUUAUUUCAUCUUUUUCAUAAGAAACUGCCUGUCAGCCUUUGAUUGGCUUGGAGUAAACCAUU